UUUUUUUUUUUGGGUUCUUCAGAAGCUCAGACCAUCGAUGAUGGCGGAUUCCGAGGAAAAGCCCAUUAAUGGAGUCGAAGAGAAAGGAGAGGAUACAUUCAUGGAAGGAGUUACUGUGUUGGAUUUUGAUAUGCUUUGUGCAACUGUGGCAUUGCAGACGCAAGAGUUUUCGAAGGAGAAAUGGGACAAAUUGGAGGAAAACAUCCAUGGAAACGGUAUGGAGAUUGGUGGAGUCCAAAGGAUGUGGGAAGGUGAAGUCCUUGAUUGCUUCGUAGACCGUCGAAUCGCCAUCGAAACGGCUUGCUGCCCAUGCUACAGAUUCGGGAAGAACAUGGGAAGAGCUGGUUUUGGUUGUGGUUUUAUUCAUGGAGCUGUUUAUUUUGUUCUUGCCGUCACUGCUCUUCUCAACUUGAUUGCCUUUGCUGUCACCAUGCGGCGCUGCUUUCUGUAUUUGGUACUUGCUUUCAUAAUUUUGGCUGGAACAUAUUUGGGUUUCUUCCGUACACAGAUCAGGAAACAGUUCCACAUCAGGGGUAGCGACAGUUGUUUGGAUGACUGUGUCAACCAUCUGAUCUGCCCCUGUUGCACAUUAUGCCAGGAGUCCAGAACAUUAGAGAUCAACAACGUUCAAGAUGGCAUCUGGCGAGGCCGAGGUGACACUAUAUGCAUUGGCAGCUAUGGCGAAGGGAGCAAAGGCUUCUUUGAGCUGCGGCAGCCUCCUCUAAUCCCAACCAAAUCCCCCGACCUCUGCAGCAUGCAGAAAGCGACAAAUGGUAGGGAUCACUCGUGGAUACCUGAUGCCAGCCAUUCCGAGCCACUGGUUUCUGAAUCGCAAGAGUAACUAUGUGCUAUAUCUCUCAUACAGUGCCCCAUUUCCAUUGCAAGGGUGGAAUGGAAGUAAUAGGUUUUUAGUGUGUAUACUGUUACUUUAUGGCCUUCGCCACAAAUUCUGGCUGGAAGGCAAAACUUUGUUGUCGAUCUAAUAGACUGGAGAAAAUUUUAGCUGCUCCAUGCUGCUUGGGUUGGUUGUAAUGCCCAAUCUGGGCCAGAAUUUGUUACAGAACUUGAGAAUUGUUGCCCUGACUGGCCUGAUGAUCGAUCUUCCAUCAUUUAGUUAGGUGGAGUGAAAUUAUACAAACGUGAAGGGUGAAGUGACCCUUUUAACCUGUGUA